GGUUUAUGCAUCUGUGGGGGGGGGGGGUUUGGGUUAUGCAUAACUGGGUAUGCAUAAGCUCACAGCAACAACCAACAACCAACAACAACAACAACCAACAAACAACACAAACAUCAACAACGAUGGCCAAGAAACAAAACAGUCCGACUUCAACAACUAUCACAAACAGCCCAUGUCUAACUGACUCAACUCAACAACAACAACCAAAAACAAAAACAGAAAAAGAACCAAAGAGCUAUCCUCCCUCGAUCACCUCUCUACCCACCUCUCAAAACGGAUCAUUCUCCUACCACCACCAACCAAACCAAUCCCAAUCAAACCAACAACCGAUCCUACACAGAUGUCGAUUCACUGACUUCACCCCAGCUACCAUCACUGCCAUCGCCUGCUCACCACCCACCUGGGACUCAGCCUACCACUUUGCCAGCUCAUCAAACCAGCAACAUCCAGCAAACCCACAUCGAGGUCUGCUAGCAGUCGGAAGAGGCAAUGGGGAUAUCCAACUAUGGAUCUGGCUCAACGAACCCUACCAACAACAACAACAGCAUCAACAAAACAAACCACUUCAUCAUAGAAAGAAACUCAACUCACCCACCUCCUCCCCUCAAGCUUGGACUCUCUAUCGCACCCUCCCUGGACAUCUACCCUCCAAGAACGGCCCCAAGAACACUCACUCUCAAUCCAGCUCAAAAGUCGAACAUCUCAUCUUCACCCAUCAAUUCAUACCCUCCGACUUCGAGCCCGAAGAUGAUCCUCAGAUCGAUCACGAUCUGAUCAAAACUAUGGCCCGUACUCCCCCCAGAUUACUAGGAACUAAUGGGGCUGAUGAGGUUCUCGAGUGGGAAUGGGAUGGCCCAAAAGCUGGGACGAUCAAGCGCACGCUCGCCAUGCCGCCCUCGGUUGCCAUCUGGUCUCUGUCAGUCUCACCAGGAUCGACGAGACUGGCGAUCGGCUGUGACGAUGGAGCGAUCCGAAUCGCCAACAUUGCCGACAACCAACUAGAACUCAUCCGAAAGUUGGACCCAUGCAAAACCCGUCUCUUGAGUCUCUCCUGGGGCAUCCUUCCUGGAUACGCUGCUUCUUCACCAACAGGCUCGACUAAUACCUAUCCGAUCGAACCUCCCGACUCUCAUCUCUUUCUGGUUGCCGGUUGUGCUGACUCCAGUCUCCGGAAAUGGGCCGUUAGCUCUGGCAGAUGCGUCAACCGAAUGACCGUCGAAAAACUUCAGGGUGAACAGACUUUGGUGUGGACUGUCGCGAUCGUCAACGGUACAAUCAUCUCGGGUGAUUCGGUUGGCAAUGUACAUUUCUGGGACGCCAAGUCGUGUUCGCGUCGACAGACGAUCCGAGCCCAUCGAGCGGAUGUGUUAUGCAUAGUAGCCUCGCCGGAUGGCCAAUCGGUAUUCACCUCUGGAGUAGAUCAGAAGACCUGUCAAUUAACUCUGAACAUCCAGCAAGCCCAAAAGACAGGAGCAAUCUCCCAAUCCCGAUGGUUAUUGUCCGCCUCCAGAAGAUUGCACUCGCACGAUGUCAGAGCACUAGAGCUCUCGCCGCCCUACAACCCGCUCCUAAACUCAGCCUCCGCCUCCACAUCCACCACCACCACCUCUUCGUCGUCGUCGUCGCUCAAGUUCAUGAGCCAAGAUGUUCAUGGAAUGGUACCCGUACUCAUCUCGGGCGGUCUGGACAUGUCCUUAGUCUUAUGUCCCGCCGGGCCACCCAGCUCGAGCAUGUUGAGUGGCAGGGUGAACUUCAACCACCUCCCCAACCCGGUCUCAGACUCCUUCUCGGUCUCCUUCGCCGACUCGAUGCAGCGCAAGAUCUCCUACGCCACCCAGCGCGAACCCGUCGUCAAUCUCAGCCCGCUUGCCCAUCUCCUCGUCUGUCGAAACUCGCAACGGAUCUCCAUCUGGCAUCUCCGAUCUUCCGUCUCUUCUGAUCCCCAUCUCUUCCUCAAAGCUGGCCGUCAAAAAUCCGCUCAUCUACUUGCUCAUGACGAUGAUGAUCAUGGUGAUGCUGGGCAAGCUGCUUGGGCUAAAGUAGUCGAAAUGGACUUGAAAUGUCGAACCAACUUGAUCACUUCGGCCAUCUCAGCCGAUGGACGAUGGCUUGCGGUCUCCGACCUAUACGAAGUGAAAGUGUUCUACUUGCACAAAGUCGAUGAGGUAAUUCAACCGCGACGGGUGAAAGGAUUUGAGGCGUUUCCGAGCGAGUGCGGGAAGAAGAAAGGGUCGAUGAGUCAGGGGGCCCGAUCGAUCGAGUUCUCGGCGGAUUCGAGCCGUUUGGUGCUUGCCGGAAGUCUGUCGAGCGAUGUGGUGGUCAUGAGCUUGGGGUUUCUAGACGGAGCGCCCCAGAUCAAGCUCUUGAGAGUCUUCCCCCAUCGCGCGUCGCCCCGGUUGGUCGAUCUUGUCGACCUGCAAAGACCCGUCAUCACUCCUUCCUCCAUCAUCGCUACCACGCCUUCCCUCGAAAACGCCUCUACUUCCCCUUCUUCUCCCUCUUCUUCUUCUUCUUCCUCUGGAGAUCUGGAUCCUUCUGGUCUUCCUCAUCCUUCCAACUCUGAGUUCUCUCUCGUCGAUCACUCCCCGCUCUCGUUUAUCUCCAAAAUCGCUAUCAGUCCUGAUGGACAAUGGCUCGCUACUGCCGAUUCUAGAAAAACUUUGCAUAUCUUUAAUUUGGAUUCCAUGAAGCAUCAUUGUUAUUUGACGAUGCCGGGAAUGUUGGUGAACUGUCUCGCGUUUCCAGGCACGAUGCCAUCGAUGAUUGUGGUUGGCUUUGCGACGAACGAGCUGGAGGUGAUUGAUGUCGAGAGUCGAGAGCGGCCCUCAUGGGCCGUCGAACUCAGCCAUAGCAAUCAAGGCCAGAUGGCGGGUCUUCGGGAGAUGCGGGACUCGAUGAUCGGGAUCGAGUUCGGGCCUCUUGGUAGCAGCAGUAGUAGUAGCAACCGUCAUCAGAAAACAACGGAUGUGGUAGCCGGCGACCAGCCCGGUCUUCCUAAACCUUCGACGGAUCAUUCUCGGCCCAUCGAAGGGCUGAUUUGGGCGGCUUCAUGGGUGGCCAAGAUCCGGCUCCCUACCACGUCCCCUUCUUCAUCCUCUCCCCUCACCCCGAUGUCGUCGUCGUCUUCUUCUUCUUCGUCUGUCUUAGCCCCGUCGGCUCUGCUGCCUCCGUCGACUCUCAAACGGCCCCGAGAUUCGUCUUCCCCUCUUCCUGAUCCCUUGAUCCCAUCCUCCUCAUCGUCGACGACGACGACGACGAGAAGAAGUCAGGAUCGGUUGACGGUCGCCGUGUCUCGCAAGUAUCAGGCCGUCCUCGCGCUCGGGCUCCUCGACCACCACCAGAUCGUCAUCGUCGAAAGACCCUUCUUCGAUCUCUUGAAUUCCCUGCCCACUGCUCUUCAUCAGCACCAGCACAAUCAUCAAACUCAUGAUUCGCAGACCGGGUUGCCCCCCGUUUGGGUCCGCACUGGCGCCUAUGGAACUUAGUUUCUCACCCGUUUCUUCUGGGUCCUCGGUUUGCUUUGGCGGUUUUCCUUUUGAGGGGAGGGAUGUCAGAAUCAGACAGAUUUCACUUCAUCUACAUCUUCUUCUGUCUUUCCUCUCGAUCAGGUUGCUUUGGUUUCUCUAAUCUCUUCUAAUCUUGUUCUUGUCCCAUUCAUUAGACUUUUUCUUUUUCUUUCUUUUUUUUUGUUUCUUCUUCAAUCUUUGGUCUUAAGAGUAGUUCAAGUUAUUCAUAUUGAUAGAUAGAUAUAUAUAUUUAAAACUUUGGAAAUUUUGAAGGUUUUGAAAUAAUUGGGUGAGAGUUCUUGGGCCAUGUCAAUAAUUAAUGGAUGGAUG